GGCCCGGGGGCAGCGCCCAGGGCUGGCAUACCGCACGAGCGGGACAGCGGCCGCCAGCCAAGCCCAUCCCUGCAGGCUGCUCCUUCGGCGGGAAGGUCUAUGCCUUGGACGAGACGUGGCACCCCGACUUGGGGGAGCCCUUCGGGGUGAUGCGCUGCGUGCUGUGCGCCUGCGAGGCGCCUCAGUGGGGUCGCCGUGGGAGGGGCCCUGGCAGGGUCAGCUGCAAGAACAUCAAACCAGAGUGCCCAGCCCUGGCCUGUGGGCAGCCGCUCCAGCUGCCCGGACACUGCUGCCAGACCUGCCCCCCGGAGAGCAGCAAUCCGGAGCAGCAGACGCCAGGCCUGUCCUUCGAGUAUCCGAGGGACCCGGAGCACCGCAGUUAUAGCAACCGCGGGGAGCCAGGGGCUGAGGAUCGGGCCCGCGCUGACGGCCACACGGACUUCGUGGCGCUGCUGACAGGGCCGAGGUCGCAGGCUGUGGCACGUGCCCGCGUCUCGCUGCUUCGCUCCAGCCUACGCUUCUCCAUCUCCUACCAGCGACUGGACCGUCCCAGUAGGGUCCGAUUCUCAGACUCCACGGGUAGUGUCCUGUUUGAACACCCUGCAGCCCCUGCCCAAGAUGGCCUGGUCUGUGGGGUAUGGCGGGCGGUGCCUCGAUUAUCUCUGCGCUUUCUUAGGGCAGAACAGCUGCAUGUGGCAUUAGUGACACCCACACACCCUUCAGGGGAGGUCUGGGGUCCUCUCAUCCGGCACCGGGCCCUGGCUGCAGAGACAUUCAGUGCCAUUCUGACUCUGGAAGGCUCACAGCAGCAGGGUAUAGGGGGUAUUGCCUUGCUCACCCUUAGUGACACAGAAGACUCUCUGCAUUUUUUACUACUCUUCCGGGGGCUGCUGGAACCCAGGAAUGGGGGUAACCCAAGUUCCUGUGAGGCUCCAGAUUCUCCACCACGGGCAGCUACUUCGAGAGCUCCAGGCCAAUGUCUCAGCCCAGGAGCCAGGAUUUGCUGAGGUGCUGCCCAACUUGACAGUCCAGGAGAUGGACUGGCUGGCACUGGGGGAGUUGCAGAUUGCCCUGGAAAGGGCAGGUGGGCCAGAGCUGCGCAUUAGUGGACACAUGGCUGCCAGGCAGAGCUGUGAUGUCCUGCAAAGUGUCCUUUGUGGGGCUGAUGCCCUGAUUCCAGUCCAGACGGGUGCAGCUGGUUCUGCCAGCCUCACACUGCUAGGAAAUGGCUCCCUGAUUUACCAGAUACAAGUUGUAGGUACGAGCAGUGAGGUGGUAGCUAUGACACUGGAGACCAAGCCUCAGCGAAGGGACCAGCGCACUGUCCUGUGCCACAUGGCUGGACUCCAGACAGGAGGACACACGGCUGUGGGUGUCUGCUCAGGGAUAGGUGCCCGCGGGGUGCAUAUGUUGCUGCAGAAUGAGCUGUUCCUGAAUGUGGGCACCAAGGACUUCCCAGAAGGAGAGCUGCGGGGACAUGUGUCUGCCCUACCCUAUAGUGGGCACAGUGCCCGCCAUGAUACAUUGCCCGUGCCCCUGGCUGGAGCCCUUGUGCUGCCUCGUGUGCAGAGCCAGGCAGCGGGGCACGCCUGGCUGUCCCUGGAUACACACUGCCACUUACACUACGAAGUGCUGCUGGCUGGCCUUGGAGGCUCAGAACAGGGCACUGUCACUGCUCACCUCCUUGGGCCUCCUGGGACGCCAUCACCCCGGCGGCUGUUGAAAGGAUUCUAUGGCUCAGAGGCCCAGGGUGUGGUGAAGGAUCUGGAGCCGGAGCUGCUGCGGCACCUGGCUCAGGGCACCGCUUCCUUGCUGAUCACUACCAAGGGUAGCCCCCGCGGGGAGCUCAGAGGGCAGGUGCACAUCGCCAACCAAUGCGAGGUGGGUGGCCUGCGUCUGGCGGCGGUCGGGGCCGAGGGGGCGCGGGCGCGGGUGCCCGGGGCUCCGGAUGCAGUGGCAGUCGUGCUACCAGCAUUGCCCGCCGGCCCAGCUCCUGAGGCUCCAGCACCACCCAAACCUGGAGGCCUUGGGCGGCCCCGAGACCCCAAUAUGUGCUUCUUCGAGGGGCAGCAGCGCCCCCAUGGGGCUCGCUGGGCGCCCAACUAUGACCCGCUCUGCUCACUCUGCACCUGCCAGAGACGAACGGUGAUAUGUGACCCAGUGGUGUGCCCCCCGCCCAGCUGCGCGCACCCGGUGCAGGCGCAGAACCAGUGCUGCCCCACGUGUCCUCAGAAACAAGAUGGCAGAGAUCUGCCAGGGUUGCCAAGGAGCCGGGACCCUGGAGAGGGCUGCUAUUUUGAUGGUGACCGGAGCUGGCGGGCUGCAGGUACCCGGUGGCACCCCGUGGUACCCCCCUUUGGCCUAAUUAAGUGUGCUGUCUGCACCUGCAAGGGGGGCACUGGAGAGGUGCACUGUGAGAAGGUGCAAUGCCCCCGGCUGGCCUGUGCCCAUCCUGUCCGUGCCAACCCCACUGACUGCUGCAAGCAGUGUCCAGUAGGGUCAGUGGCCCACCCCCAGCUGGGGGACCCCAUGCAGGCUGAUGGGCCCCGGGGCUGCCGUUUUGCUGGACAGUGGUUCCCAGAGAGCCAGAGCUGGCAUCCAUCAGUGCCCCCCUUUGGGGAGAUGAGCUGUAUCACCUGUAGAUGUGGGGCAGGGGUGCCCCACUGUGAGCGCAAUGACUGUUCACUACCACUGUCCUGUGGCUCAGGGAAGGAGGGUCGAUGCUGUUCCCACUGCACACCACGACGGCCAGGACUUGAGACCAGGAUGAUUCCACAGCUAGAGAAAGAAGCGGAAGGCUCCUAGGGAGCAGCCAGAAGGCCUCACGACCAAGAGGAAGGGCCUGAGCUGGGGGAAGGGGUGGCUUUGAGGACCCUGCAUCCUCCAGUGGGAAAGCUCUGUGCCUUUGGCUCCUCUAUUCUGCCUCUUCUCCCUUCCCCACUACCUCUGGGAAGCAGAACUUCACAAGGGGAAGGGGUGGUCCAGCCACAGCAAGGCCAGAUCCGCUCCAACUCUGCCCUGCUACCCUCUGGCCUCUGCCCUGGAAGCCCAAAUCCUUUCAUUUUGUACAUAGUAUCACUGGCUUAUUGUGAUUUUUAAUUUAUCCUCACUCAGCGCCAAGGGUCCCCUGAUACCAUUCCUGCUGCCCCUGAGCUGAGCAGAGUCAUUAUUGGAAAAUUUUGUAUUUAUUAAAACUUUUUUUUUGGUCUCUGGG